CCAGCCAGAGCCUCCCCUUGCGCGGGUCACGUGGUGCGAGCCGCCGCUGCUGUAAGAUGGCGGCUGCGUUACCCGAGAGAAGGGCGCUGACUUACUGCGUCUAUAAAUGGUCCAGCUACUCGUCCACUUAUGUCCCGGAGAAUAUUUUGGUGGAUAAACCUAAUGAUCAAUCUUCAAGAUGGUCUUCUGAAAGCAACUACCCACCCCAGUACUUAAUUCUGAAACUUGAGAGGCCAGCCAUAGUCCAGAGCAUUACCUUUGGAAAAUAUGAAAAGACUCAUGUUUGCAACCUAAAGAAGUUCAAAGUUUAUGGGGGAAUGAGUGAAGAGAACAUGACUGAACUGCUGUCAAGUGGUUUAAAGAAUGAUUACAACAAGGAAACUUUCACCUUGAAGCACAAAAUUGAUGAUCAGAUGUUCCCCUGUCGUUUCAUUAAAAUAGUUCCAUUAAUGUCCUGGGGUCCUAGCUUUAACUUCAGCAUCUGGUAUGUUGAAGUACAUGGAAUAGAUGAACCAGAUAUUGUACAACCCUGCCUUAACUGGUACAGCAAGUACCGUGAACAAGAAGCCAUUAGGCUCUGCUUGAAACACUUCCGUCAGCACAACUACACCGAGGCCUUUGAGUCACUACAGAAGAAAACUAAGAUUGCAUUGGAGCAUCCAAUGUUAACUGAACUGCAUGACAAGUUGGUUCUGAAAGGUGACUUCGAUGCUUGUGAGGGACUGAUUGAGAAAGCUGUCAGUGAUGGUUUGUUUAAUCAGUACAUUAGUCAACAAGAAUACAAGCCCAGGUGGACGCAGAUCAUCCCUCAAAGCAACAAAGGUGAUGGUGAAGACAAUCGACCUGGAAUGCGGGGAGGCCAUCAGAUGGUAAUUGAUGUUCAAACAGAAACAGUAUAUUUAUUUGGUGGUUGGGAUGGAACACAGGAUUUGGCAGAUUUCUGGGCAUACAGUGUUAAAGAAAACCAGUGGACUUUUAUAUCUAGAGAUACUGAGAAAGAGAGUGGCCCAAGUGCUCGAUCUUGCCACAAGAUGUGCAUUGACACAACUCGGAGACAGAUAUAUACACUGGGUCGUUACUUGGAUUCUUCUGUGAGAAAUAGCAAGUCUCUGAAGAGUGACUUCUAUCGCUAUGAUAUAGACACCAAUAAAUGGUCAUUGUUAAGUGAAGAUACAGCAACUGAUGGUGGACCAAAGUUGGUGUUUGAUCAUCAGAUGUGUAUGGAUUCUGAAAAGCACAUGAUUUACACUUUUGGUGGAAGGAUAUUGACUUGCAAUGGAAAUGUUGACGACACUCGAGCUAAUGAGCCACAGUUCAGUGGACUUUUUGCUUAUCAUUGUCUGUCUAACACCUGGAAGCUACUUCGGGAAGACUCUUGCAAUGCUGGACCGGAAGAUGUGCAGUCUCGGAUUGGGCACUGCAUGCUCUUCCAUACUAAAAAUCGGUGCCUUUAUGUUUUUGGUGGACAGAGGUCAAAGACUUAUUUGAAUGAUUUCUUCAGUUAUGAUGUGGACAGUGACCACGUGGAAAUAAUAUCAGAUGGGACAAAGAAGGACUCUGGUAUGGUUCCAAUGACAGGUUUCACUCAGAGAGCAACAAUUGACCCGGAACUGAAUGAAAUUCAUGUCCUCUCAGGCCUCAGUAAAGACAAGGAUAAACGGGACGAGAAUGUUCGCAAUUCGUUUUGGAUUUAUGACAUUGCCCGAAACAACUGGUCAUGUGUUUACAAGAAUGAUCAGUCUUUAAAAGAUAAUCCUAACAAGAGCCUUCAAGAAGAGGAGCCUUGUCCCCGAUUUGCUCACCAGCUGGUAUAUGAUGAUAUGCACAAGGUUCACUACUUGUUUGGCGGAAAUCCCGGCAAGUCAUGCUCUCCGAAAAUGAGACUGGAUGAUUUUUGGUCAUUAAAGCUUUGCCGCCCUUCCAAGGACUACCUCCUGAGACAUUGCAGAUACCUCAUCAGAAAGCACAGAUUUGAGGAGAAAGCUCGAGCAGAUCCUUUAAGUGCUUUGAAAUAUUUACAGAAUGAUUUGUAUGUUACUGUGGAUCAUUCAGAUCCAGAAGAAACUAAAGAGUUUCAGUUAUUGGCUCAAGCACUCUUCAGAUCUAGUUCAGAUUUUAUCCCACUGGGUUUUUCAGAUGUUGAUCAGAAUUAUGCCCAGAGGACUCUGUUGUUUGAUACACUGGUAAACUUCUUUCCUGACAGCAUGACACCUCCAAAAGGCAAUCUGGUUGACCUUAUCACACUGUAGCUGGAUAGCGUUUGCUGGAUUUUGGCUGAAGAGAAAGUCAAUCACCGAUCUAAUCUCCUGUUUUGUACUUGCUAGAUGGGAUUAUGAUUUUGGUUGGCAAAGGUGGUUUAUGUAAUACACCACCACCUUUCUAGUUUUGAUUUGAGUGUCCAAUUUCAGUGGUGCUUUCGUGCCACCUUCUUAAAAAAAAAACUGGGUUGGAACAGAUGCUGGCUUUGUGAAUAAGGGUUUGCUUCCCAUGCGUGUUAAAUCCUUUGCUGCAUUGGUAAAUAUUUAAGACUAUUUUGAGAUUAAAUAAUAAAUCCUGCCAUGUGACUGUCGAUAUAAACACACAGUUGGAGUUCUUAAUGUCUGAGCUGUUUCCUGGAAUGAUACUGCAGUGAUGUCAACUGACUUUCAUCAGCAGUAUUUCUGUCCACUUUCAUGUCAAUUUAUCAAUCCAAUUGGCCGAUCACAUUAAGGUGUUGUUUUAAUGUCUGCUGUUCUCAUUCUCUUUGGCCUUUACAGCAAUAUUAAUAACUGCUCCAAAAAAUUGUAGCUGUUUUUUACAUUGAAUAAAUUUGAGUGCUGUGCAUCAUGUUCCCUGUGGGGCUGCUGACUCUGGAAUUCUCCGCAGGCAGAGGAUAUAAUUGCUGCCAUUUGGAUGCAUUUUGACUUCAGAAUAAUUCCAUUCUGUUUAUUUUUUGUUUGCACUUCAAAGUUCCAGUCCCACUUUCAAUGGAACUAACUUUAUUCUCCCAUUUGCCUGUUUUUGAUUGUGGGGUCAAACAAAAAUAUCCAGCGUUCAAAAUGACUGCUGUUGAACUGGCUGGUUUAAAGGGGUGAAAGAUCUAGUAUAGACUUUUCCUCUUGUCAAGAGAUUAUUGCUAAACAAUUGCUGACAAAAGUAGUAGUCAUCAGCACUUUUUCUCUUUUGUUGCAGCCUGUACAGAGUAUGAUGCACAGUUGCCAGUUUCCAAAGAUUUACUUGGAAGGGGUAUCAGUUUUGCUUUAAAAGAAGGGCUUUUUUUUUGCAAUUAUUGAUAUUUACCUCUUUUGAUUAUAGGCUGCUGAAAAAUGGGUGGCACUGAUCACUUUCUCUUUGGGUUCUGAGGUACACACAAAAAAGUAGUUACAAAAAGGAAAAAGCUUUGCUGCAGAAAUUCAGUGAUAGAGUGUGUUUCCACUACAAUGCAAAAUCCAUGCCAUUCAUUUUUACUAAAUUGAAAGAGAAUGCUGGAUGUUCCCUCCAAAAUAGCCACAAAAUCCUACAUGUUCAAUAAUUGGCAUACGGGGAAAAACGCUUGCAUUAUGUUGAUAAUUGUUGAUUCAAAUGGAUUCUUAAAUUGGUUGCCUUCACACUGGCAGAGGCUCUGGUUAAACUCAUUUAUUAUAGCUGGCAUCUAAUUCUCUUUGUUCAGUGAUUUCUUGCACCUUGUGUUCCUUCUCGUAAUCUUUUCUCAUGAUGUCAGGCAUAAUGAAUAAAGUUUAAUCAUUUGUUAUGACAUCAGGUUGUGAAAUACAUAACUGAUGCCUUGAAGUAUAUUGUGUUUUCAAAACAAACUCCAGCUCAGCUGCCAAAGAGUGAUACAGGAGCUGUGUGUGGAAAUGGGGACCUUGUCACAGUAUUUUAAUUUUUGAUGAGCUUCUCAGAUAAACUAUUUAAAAUCUUUUACAUCUUCAGGAAUCUUAACACAUGAUUAUAGUUGCUAUAACAGAAUUGAUGAAAUUUUUUUUUGCACCAAGGAAAGUUUCUGAAAUGUACAGCUUUGUACAAUGAUUACGUAUUUUUUUAAUAUAUUGGCCUUUUUCAUUUCAAUUCCAUGUACAUUUUCAAUUUCUCACAAAUGGCAAUAGCAAAGGUGAUAAGCAGUCAUUGCUACUUUGCAAUGGCUUUCUUAAAGGUUUUCAUUUGUCUUGUGUUAUACUUGAUCAAGGUACUUUACCUCAGUGAUUAGAUUGUUGUCUGUAUGCUGCUUGUGUUCUAGACUACUCCAGGCAAAAUUCUUUCAUUCUUAUAUAAGAGAUUGUUAUACAUUUCCCACCACCCCCCCCCCCCCACCACAAUAUUGCCAAUAUGCUCCUACCCUUAGGAAGUAUUUUAUUGAAACAAAGUAGCUGAAUGAAGAUUUCUCUCGUCGUUGUUGCAUUUACCUCUGCCAAACAUUUUGUACCAUUGUAAAAUUUCUGAUUUCCUCCUGUGAUUAGAAGGCUGUUAGUGAGUCGUAAUUUUGUUGACACUGCUCCUGAUGGGUGACUUAGAGUUGGCUUUGCAGAUAAUAAGUUUGUUUCAUUUUGAUUCUUCAGUCUCAGCUGUACAGAUAUUCAUUGUAAGGUUGUACUUUUAUGGGUUUUGAAAGUAGAGUUUAAAAAAAAAUUUCCAUUGCUAUUAAGGUUUCAGAUGCAAGACAAAAUCUGUAGGCAAGGCUUUUGCUUUCUCCCAGCUUGUAAAAUAAGGCUGUUUGCUAUGCCAAACAAUGUCCUUCCUUUGCUACUAGGUAUUCAGUAAAUAAUUUGCAAUCCAGGCAUUCCCAUCCUUCCGGUGGAAAUUAUGUCAGGAGAAAAUUUUAUAAAGAUCAGCCUUGCAACUCCUUGACUGAGUAAACCCCCAUUAAGAAUUUUUGCAAUUUAACAAAUCAACUUUAAAAAAAACAAAUCAUCUUAACCAAAGCAUAUUGUCUCUGUUCUGCUUUGAGCUGAUUAACUUGACCUUAAUGCCCUUUGCUAGAGGCUAAUAAUAAUUAGAACACUUAAUGGAAACACUGACAGGAAGAAAUGUUCACUCUAUUCAGUUGAUCCUGUUUAAAGCACUAAGAGUCACACUUAGCAGAAUUACAAAAUAUUGCUGAUAUUUCUGAUGACAUAACCAUCUGUGAGUGAUUUUACCCUUGGUUUAAAUCUAUGUACACUAUUCUACCACUAAAUUUAUGGAAGUGUCCUGUAAUUCAAAUGGUUGUUUUUUUCCCCAAACCCCUUUAUAACUGUUAGCUAAUACAAUUGUUAAUGUGGACAAACAUCAUUCUUUUGUAUUUAGAAAAUGGAUGUGGGGGUGAGGAAUGGGAAUGAAAAUGUCACAGCAAAGCUGGAAAAGCCUUAAUGAUCAUUACCAAAAUCACUGGUGUUAACCAAAGAGAAUUUAAAUAUCUUGUAUGAUAGCUGUGGUUUCAUCAGAAGAAAAUCAGUUGGAAGUAGUGCAUGUCUUUUGAAAAUUGGAGUUGUCUCUAAUUGUUUCAUAGUGAGAUUGAUAUUGCAGGUCAUGAAUUGUACCGUUCAAACUUAAGUUUUAAUUAAAACAAAUGCUGUGCACACAGAACCAGUUGGUCAACAUCUAAAAGAUAAAUGUUGAUUUAAAACCUCUGAGUUGAAACCAAAGCAUUCAACUGGUCUUUCUCGUAUAGGCCAAACUGCUUUUUUUAUAUUAAAUUUCCAAUAAUGUGUUCAAGUGUUCUGUUUUCCUUCUAUUCACAUUUUGUGAAUAAGUGCUUGUAAAGUCCAUGAAGCUAACAACUAUCUGAUACAAAUGGCAGAAAACUUUAAUGUAGAAAUUUCAUGGAAACUGCUAAUGAUUAAUAUGGCAGGCGUUGCAUUCCUAUCACUGCUCUGCAAUAUAGUUUUUUGUCUGGUGACCUAAUAUGUUAAUGUAUUGAGUUUACUCCUUUUGAGUUAGACUGUAUUUAAGGCUAGCAGCUUGCAGCUACUUUUGUAUCUCAGAAAUAUCACUUACUAUCUCAACCAAUUUUUCACCUAGUUGAUGUUUUAAUUAACUAGCUGAAAUGAGCAAAAUUUGUCAAUUCUUUUUCAAGUGCAUAGGAAGCCUGGCUGAUUAAUUCAGGUUUAUAAAUUACUUCAUAAUUAGAGGAAAGAUGCACAUGCAUAGGUCAGUUUUUUGCAUAUGAAAUUGGGCUAGCUUGGCUCAUAACUGGUUCUGAAUGCUAUUGGCUUAAUUUUGUUUUUGGAAAUAGGAUCAAAUUUGCAUCCUGGAUAUGCAGCUGAACGUAUUGUUCCUCUAAAUGUUAUCAAAAAGUGUUCACAGACCAACCAUUGUUUGAAUCUGCAGGAAAUCAGUUACACUUCAGGUUUCUAAGGGGCAGUGCUUCAAGACUCAAUUAUAGAAUUUAUUUAACUCCCAAAAGGAAUACUAGAUACAAUAAGACAUUCAAUUAUAAAUCUCAUAAGGAUCUGUACUAAACAUAAACAUUUAAAUUAAAGGACCUAGUGUUACAAAAACAGGUUGUUUCUGAGUGAUAAAUUGGUUGCUGCUUUGAAAAGUAGGAGAUUACUAAAUUGCAAGCUGAAAUUGCCUCAUUAGCACCUAGUUCAGUAGUUGACCAAUAGUAUGUAAAUUUAUAUUGAUCUAUCUGAUUGGACACUGGUAUUUAUACGACUUUUUCUCUUGAUCUUUUCUCGAUAAUGUUAUGGUGAAAUAUUGAGUGUAACCUGGUUAGCAUUGCAAUAUCAUGACCAUUAUUUCUCCCUUGGUGUCCUUCUGACGUUUUACCCCCCUGCCUUCUGCUGUCAUCACCAAAGAUAUGUUAACAGAUUUUUAUACUGUCACAGUUAGCGACUUUGUUGUUUGCAAACCAGCAGUUGUCUAUCUGUUACAUAGUCAAAAAAAGAUCAUUGUGAAGCAUUUUGGGAGGGUUUGAAAAGAUAAUAUGCAUAUGUUCUGCUUUUUUUAAAACCAGUUAGCCAACAUUUAAAGGAGGCAAUCCAUUACAUUUUAAUGUACUCUAAAUCUCCAGUUUCCUUGAAACCUCAAGGAAAAUAUUAACUGAUUGCUUAAUGUUAAACCAUUCUUUGACCCAGAACUAAUGUUGCUUCCUCAAAUGGAAAAUUUAAUCAUUUUCCCUAAACUCAGCCCAGUUUUCAUUCCCUCAAUAGGGAAGAGCCAUUCUGUUGUUUGAAUCAGUUUAGCUGAAAUGAUGGUGAUGUAAAACUAAAAUAAUUUAUUGUAGCUCUAGCUCUAGCAGUGUGGAUUUGGAAAACAGAAAACAAAUAUAACAGACAAACCUCUGGUUGUAAAAUAAUAAUCAGUAGGUUUCGCCUAUUGCUUGUCUAAUGGUCAGUUCUGAUACCUCUGCACAAAAGCUUGAAAUUUGUUUAGUGCAGACCUGAGGAGGAAUAAACUGGUUAUCAGUUUAGGAUUCCAAAAUUAAAGCAUCAGAUCAUCUGCAAUGUAAUAAUUCUAUGCAUUUGAAAGCAGAACUCCCCACGUUUAUAAAGGACUAAAGCCAAGCAAGCUAUUGGAGGACACGUAUUGGCCUGUUUUAAGCUAAAUGCUUGACUGGAAAUCUGGUGGAAUUAAUUUUCUCUAAAGUAGGUUCCUGUCGUCUUAGUUUAAAGUGCACUUCGACAACACAUUAGAAUAAACCAGGUUUGAGUGCUUCACUUUGCAAAAAAAAAAGAGAAUCUGAAGUAAGAUAGAUGAAAAGCAAGAAAAUUAAAGCAAAAUCAAGAUUAAAAUAAUGCUUUGUUGAAGAGAAAUUAGAGAGGUCUUUAAUUCCAGUUCCCAAUAUUUGAUCUUAGUCGAAGGACCCUUAAAAAGAAAUUACUGUUGCCAAGUUCAGAAUCAAAAACCAUUGGAACAAAUUAGACUAGUAUCCCUUUAGUAAUUACAAAAGAUAAUCUAUUAACCUUUAAAAAUGAAAAUAACCAAGUGGUUUAAAAUGAUUUUCAGUUGUGCUGCCUAUUUGAGUGAAUGCUCAGUACUGUAGAGAGAUAUAAUGAGUCCUGAAAUUCCUUCAAAAUAAAUGUGUUUACCAUGUUUGGGCCCCAAUUUUCAUAAGAGAACUAUAGUGCUGCAUGUUUUCAGUACAUUAUUGAUGUAUUUUCAUUUUCUGAUUCCAUUUAAAAAGAAAUACCUUGAUAUUGUGGGAGGAGACAUCAAUCCAAGCCCCCCAAAAAAUGACCUCAUUUACUGAGGUAGGAAGAAAUGUGUAAAAAUGGUCGGUUGUAAUUAAGUAUUUAAUUGUGUUGUUGUGUAGACUGUGCCAGUAGUCAAAAUUCCACAAUAGCCCAUGCAAAAUAUUCCUUUUUGCAACAUUAUUAAAGUGUGUUUAUUUGGCACUAUUGGUAAAGUAAGCAUUUUGGAAGCCAAAAAGAGUCUGUGUUUCUAAAUGUGACUUGUGAUGUUCGUUGGUGUUGCUGUUUCAAAUAACUGUUUGUGGCACGGUAGUUUUGCACCUCCUGGACUAGAAAUCAAAGUGCUUAUCAAUAUCACAUCAAUAUUCCCUGACCAUUUGAUUGACAGUUAAAAGUUUGGCAAAUUUUGUUAAUAGCCACAAAGAUAACAAGCCUGGGUGUGAUUGCUGAAGUCAAAAUAUCAAACAGUAGGAUGGACACACAAAAUGCUGGAGGAACUCAGCAGGUCUGGCAGCAUCUAUGGAGGGAAAUAAACAGUCAACGUUUCGGGUCGAGACCCUUCAUCAGGACUGAUGAAGUGGAAAUAAACAGUGGGAUAGAGCUUUUUCUCUGCUUUUGAAUUGUGCUAUACCCGAGUCUGUGUGCAAAAUGCUGCUAGUGUCUUGAGUACAACUGUUCAUCAAAAUAUUAAAAGAAAAAGCGUUUCUUUCAGAGCUUCAGUCCGGUGAUACGAAAUCAGUUCCAUUGUUUGAUCUCAAUAUUUUGCCUUUUACUUUGACCUAAGGAUGAAAUCCCAAAGAAUGCUUCUGCUUGUUUAAUUGUUCCCUCUUUUACAUUAACAAAGCACACAAGGGCAAAAAUAAACCAAGCAUAUUGAUUAAAAGAAAAUAAAUUUUGGAUGCUGGAGGUUGGCAACAGAAAUAAAAUGCAUUACUAAAUGUUUUGAUUACAAGCUCUGCAUUGCUGAAAGGCCUCUACCCAAACAUUCACCCGCUUUUCCCCUUGAAGCUUCUGUGGACUUUACCUGUAUUCAACCAUGUAUAAUUGAGAGAGAGAUAAUCAUAAAUGCACCAUUUAAAAAAAUUUACUGCUCUCCUAUAAUGUUUAUGCAGUUGAUUAAAACCACUUCAUUGUGAAAAGAGCAAUUAUCUUGAACUGCUCCUGGCAGGUAAAUGCAAUUCCACUGAGAUGUUAAGUCCCAAAGGCACCAAAUUCCCCUACUGAUAAACUGGUUGAUAUAAUGUGUAUUGUACGACUUUGUAAUCUGCAGGAUGCAUGAACUGUUUUUAAUGUGGCAAGGUUUUACAGAUCAUUUCACAGUUCGAGUCCAAUCAAGCAGUUUACCAGCCAUACCAACCGUUCUCUUUUGAGAAGGAUUAUGUAAUGCCUGCUGUCAUUCCCCGCUCAGCCAAAUGCAUUUCCUGGAAACUUGCCUUUGCUCAGACUUGGUAAAUAAUCUGCACUUUCCGUCAACAUUAAUCCACAUCUUUUUCUAUUGUGUACUCUGCUUUUGUAUCAAGUUGUAAAGUAAAUUUGUUGCAAGUUAAUAAUUCCACUUUUUUUUGUUAACUUUGAUAAAAUAAGACUGACAAUCUCAUUUACCAAUAUUCAGUAUUUUCUAUAGAAAGGUUGAAUUUAAAUGAUUUUAAAGUGAUAUUUAUAGAACAUUUCUUGCUGCAACCACCAGGUCUAAGAUGGCUGUCUUCAUUUAAUUUUUUUCCUUUCCCAAAGAAUUAAAAAAUAAAAUAGGUGAGUAGCAUUUGCAUUUGGAAGAAUGCAAUGAGAUAUUAGCCAUUAAAUGAAUGGGCCUGGUCUAGUGAAUUGAUUUUCAUUAGAACCUGUUAGUUAUUAAAGUAUAACAAGGAUUUCAUGAUCUUUUUCUUCCCCUAUCCACAUCACAAAUACCCAGUCAAGGUCUGUAAAAUUCUGUAUAACAGAUUUCAAUUUGUAUAUCUCUGUGACUAUAGCACAGUAACUAUUGCUGUGGUGGAUAUUGAUACUCCUGAAAUCAAUGCUUGGAUGUGCUUUGAAAUGUAUUUGAUUGCCUCUUGUAACUUUUACUUUGAUUUUUAAAAAUUUGAUUGCAAUAAUACAUUUUCUAUUAAGCCUACCCAUAGAAGAGAGUGCUGAAGUGAUUUAAAAAAAAAAAGUGCACCAAUUAGUACUUGGGAAAGGGAUUUUAAUAUUUCUUAGCAUUUCAGACAGGCUGUUGAUCAGUUUAAAAUUGUCCGGUCUACCUGACUGGUGUUAAUGAAGUGUACAAGUGCAUGGUGUAGCAUUCAUUGUAGCUACAUGAGACAGAUGUGCUUAUCCAGAUGUUGUUAGUGCAAUAUGGGCCUCCUCUGUCCUGCCCUAAUCUCUUCAAAUAAGUUGCAAUCGUUCUGCUGCCUUGAUCCAACUUGGCAUACAGUUAAUAUGUUACAAAAACUUGGUGGUCUUAUUAAAUUUUGAAAUCCCUAAAACAGACCUGUUUAAAGACUUAGAGCAGCCCUUACCAAUCUGUCUCAUGCUAUCUCGUUACCAAUUGUGGUUUGGAUUAAUUGUAGUUAUGUUAUCAACUAGAAGACUGCAAACGGGAAAUAAUUGUCCAAGGACUUCAAAGUGUGUGUAUUUUUGAAGAGACUUCCAAUUCUUAAUAUUGGGCGUUGAACCCGUUUUGGUGCUUCAGUUAUUCAUUUUUGGUGUCUCAUCCAAGGGCCUGUAUUCAUAAGUAUUUAUGCAAUACAUCAUGUACAGAGCCCCAUUUAUGCAUUGGGCUAUCUUAUGAAUAUGGGUCCUGGCAGUGUGUGUUUCCUUCUGUCUACUGAUGUCUCUUUGGUGUCCUCUAUCAGAAUAUGAUAUUAGAGACAACCCCUGAGUUUGCUUUAAGGUUCAAUAGAGCGGAUUUAUCCUGUGGUUUGACUGAAAUGGUGUGUUUAUUUUUCUCUCAUUUUCCCAUUAUUUUUUUUAAAGUACGAAGCUACCAACCCUUAUUUUCUGAAGUAUAUACAAUUUAUGCACUACCUUGUUGUGAAUAACUAUGUAGACUCGGUGAACAAAUACAAUUGUAGAAUUAUGUUGUAUGUACUGUACAUAUGGAAAAAAGACCUGUAUUUUGUUCAGUUUCUUAAUAAAAUAAAGUCCUGA